GUAAUCUGUAUUUAUCUCUAAAACCUUUAGAAAUUACGUGGGGAAACUCUGUAUCUUUACAACUCGACCCAACUCAACUCAACACUACUCUUGAAUGUACUAAAGCAUCUACAAAUAUUAUAAUUGAAGAAUAUAAUAUGAAAAUUCGGAUUCGCAAAGCUCGCUGAAACAUAUCGACCAACAUUAGAAAGUUCGUUGUCAAAUAACAACAACUAAUGGACUACCAAAAUCUCACCUGCCCGCCAGAAAUGAGCCCUGUAGACCGACAGCCGACCGGCGUUCUCUUUUCUUCUAGGACAGGAAACAGGGAUUUGAUUCGAAUCCGACCGGAUCAGAUAAAAUCUCUACCCGCCAAGUAGCCAGGGUUCUCCGUUAUCUCUUAUUAUCAGAUCAUCUAUGGACUUGAUUUCACCAAUGAUAUUCUACAUCUGCGAGACUAGCAUCAUGAAGCUUACCUAGGUACCGAGCCAUGUAGGGCUCAUGUAACGGCCCUUUUCUAUGUAGGAUGCGUGUCUUGCACACCUGUAGAAUGGCAUUGUCCCCGCUCUCGCUUGUGUUACCUGAGCUCUUAUAUACCUACUGCCAUAGGGUUUGGUUAUGCCAGCUGAGCUCUAAUCUUUGCUGAUCUUCUCUUCUAUGCCGAUACUACUCCUCGCCUGAGGGUACAAGGUUGAUCUGUCAUGGCAGAGGUUAAUGAAAAGAAACCGGCUAGGACCAGUCCCGAGAACCAGCCUCGAAACGCAUCACCUCCUGUCGCUACUGAUGAGAUUAGCCCUGCUCAGCCUGUUCAAACUGCAGACGGUCGCCGAAGUCUGAACGUUGAUGAGAAGCAUAUUUCCGACUUAGAAGGACAAGAUGGUGUUCGCGAUAUUGAAGCUAUCACUCAAACUUGGUCUAAAAAGGUGAUGAUCAUCACUUAUGCAUGGCUUUUGAUAAUUAAUUUCGUCCUCGCGUUCGAAUCUAGCAUGUCCAACUCAUUGAUUGCCUACGUCACAAGUGACUUCCAGAGGCACUCGUUACUCACAACGGCGCAAGUUGUAGCGUCCAUUUUCGGAGGCGUUUCUCGCAUCCCGAUCGCUAAAAUUAUCGACAUUUGGGGUCGACCGGAAGGCUUUGCGUUGAUGACAUGCUUUGCUACGCUGGGUACCAUUUUGAUGGCAGUAAGCAGAAAUGUCGAGACGUAUGCUGCCGCUCUGGUUUUCUAUACUGUCGGUGAAAACGGCAUGAACUUCGUCCUAGACGUCCUAGUGGCCGAUACUUCGAAACUCCGAAACCGAGCAUUGCUCCUAGCUCUUAUGUCCGCUCCUUUCUUGGCUACUGCUUUCGCCGGACCAGCUGCAGCUGAGAAUUUCCUCACUGGUGUUGGUUGGCGGUGGGCUUAUGGUACUUUAGCAAUCAUCAUACCAAUAUCAUCUGUACCCAUUCUCUGGAUUUUGCUCUACACCCGAAAAGAGGCGCGCAAGCAAUUCCCCGCCGCAGUUCGAGAUUCGGGACGGACUUGGUCGCAGAAUGUUGCGCAUUACGCAAUUGAAUUUGAUGUCGUCGGCAUGAUCCUUGUCGUCGCUGGAUUCUCCCUAGUCAUUCUUCCCCUAACGCUCGCUACGUACCAAGCCGAUAAGUGGAGGUCAGCCGCUAUCAUCACCAUGAUCGUUCUAGGUGGCUGCUCACUCAUUGCCUUCUGUAUAUGGGAGAAAAACUUCGCCAAGGUGACACUCGUAUCAUUUCACCUGCUAUGGGAUCGCACGGUUAUGGGCGCCUGCAUCAUGAGCGGUGUCAUGUUCGUCGCCUCUCGCUGCUGGAGUUCGUACUUCCAGAGCCACUUGCAAGUGGUUUUCGGGCUUUCCAUCAAAGACGCAGGCUGGAUCGGCAAUAUCUACACACUCGGCUCCUGCUCAUGGAGUUUUGUCGUCGGAUAUUUGAUUCGCGUCACUAAUCGGUAUAAGUGGUUGGCACUUAUGGCGGCACCCUUACUCGUCAUGAGUGCUGGAUUGAUGAUUAAAUACCGUAUGCCAGGGAACCCGAUCGGGUUGGUGGCUAUGUGCCAAGUGCUUGAGACUAUAGGCGCAGGAACACUCGUGGUCACGGAAAAGAUCGCCAUCAUGGCCGCCGCCGAACAUACCAACGUAGCCAUGGUGCUCGCGCUCCUCGCCCUCUUCACCGCGGUCGGAGAUACCAUCGGACUCGGGGUCAGUGGCGCUAUCUGGACUAACAGUAUGCCCCAACUAUUACAGAAAUAUCUUCCCCAAAGCCUCAGAGACCAAGCUGGCAAGAUCUUCGGCAGUCUUGUAGUACAGCUGUCUUAUCUAUGGGGUACGCCGGGUCGCAUUGCCAUUGUGGACGCUUAUGGUGAGGGCAUGCAGCGUAUGUGUAUCGCCGCAUGUGCCGUGUUAACUUUGACGAUCCCAUGUGCUAUGGCGUGGAGAAAUUUGAAUAUUAGGGAUAAGCAGAUGAAAGGUAGAGUUAUGUGAUACGUCGAUGCGACGUACCUAUACCCCUAGGUAUACAUGCAGGAAUUGGAAGAUAGCUUCAGGUUUGGGGAUAUCCGUAUUAGUUAUGCCCGAGUGUACCUAGGUACCUAGGUAGUCAAUGGUAGUAGACAAAUUGAAGAAUUUAAAACAUAAA